AAGGGUUGAAGUCUCGCGUGAUCCACCGCGCUCCUCCCACCGGCCCUGCGAGCUCAGAGGGAUGUUUGUCCGCCAUCGCGGAGGAGUUUAGUCAGCGCUGAGUAUAUUGGCCUCCAGCAUUGUGCUGCACAAAAAAACAUCGGAGCUCACGGAAUAGAAGAGAUCCAUAGGUCGGUAGAGGAGCCCCCAGGUCGCUGACAGGCCGGGCCCGGGGCCUCCUCACACCUACACCCACCGGGGGGAGAUAAGGAGGGGCCCCGGGGCCGAAAGAGGACGAGCGGCCGCCGACAUGUCGAACCUAAACAAAGCCCCCGGGAGCCGUAAGGAUACCAAGAUGAGGAUCCGGGCUUUCCCGAUGACCAUGGAUGAGAAAUACGUGAACAGCAUUUGGGAUCUGCUCAAAAAUGCAAUACAAGAGAUUCAGCGGAAGAACAACAGCGGGCUCAGCUUCGAAGAACUGUAUAGGAACGCAUACACUAUGGUGCUCCACAAACACGGGGAGAAACUAUAUACCGGCUUACGAGAAGUGGUGACGGAACACCUCAUUAACAAGGUCCGGGAAGAUGUGUUAAAUUCUCUCAACAACAACUUCUUGCAGACCCUCAAUCAAGCUUGGAAUGACCACCAAACGGCCAUGGUGAUGAUUAGAGACAUUCUCAUGUAUAUGGAUCGGGUAUAUGUUCAGCAGAACAAUGUUGAAAAUGUCUACAAUUUGGGACUGAUAAUAUUCCGUGAUCAGGUCGUGCGCUAUGGCUGUAUAAGAGACCACCUGAGGCAGACCUUGUUGGACAUGAUUGCGAGGGAACGGAAAGGAGAAGUGGUGGACAGAGGUGCUAUAAGAAACGCUUGCCAGAUGUUAAUGAUUCUUGGGCUGGAAGGAAGGUCAGUCUACGAAGAAGAUUUUGAGGCUCCGUUUUUGGAAAUGUCAGCGGAGUUCUUCCAGAUGGAGAGCCAGAAGUUUUUAGCUGAAAAUAGUGCAUCCGUGUAUAUAAAGAAAGUAGAAGCUAGAAUAAAUGAAGAAAUUGAAAGAGUGAUGCACUGUUUAGACAAGUCUACAGAGGAGCCCAUUGUAAAGGUCGUAGAAAGGGAACUCAUCUCUAAACACAUGAAAACCAUAGUGGAGAUGGAGAACUCUGGGCUAGUUCAUAUGCUAAAAAAUGGGAAGACAGAAGAUCUCGCCUGCAUGUACAAGUUGUUCAGUCGAGUUCCCAAUGGCUUGAAGACAAUGUGUGAGUGUAUGAGUUUGUAUCUUAGAGAACAAGGCAAAGCCCUGGUUUCUGAAGAGGGUGAAGGCAAGAACCCAGUCGACUAUAUCCAGGGGCUUCUCGACUUAAAAAGCCGAUUUGACCGCUUUCUUCAGGAAUCGUUCAGCAACGAUCGCCUUUUCAAGCAAACAAUUGCCGGCGAUUUUGAGUACUUUCUUAAUCUCAACUCUAGGUCCCCUGAAUACCUUUCUUUAUUUAUCGAUGAUAAGCUUAAAAAGGGAGUCAAAGGGCUCACAGAACAAGAAGUUGAAUCUAUCCUAGAUAAGGCAAUGGUCCUCUUCAGAUUCAUGCAAGAAAAAGAUGUGUUUGAACGCUACUACAAGCAACAUUUAGCCAGGCGGCUCCUCACCAAUAAAAGUGUUUCUGACGACUCGGAAAAGAAUAUGAUCUCUAAGUUGAAGACGGAGUGUGGGUGUCAGUUCACAUCAAAGCUGGAAGGCAUGUUCAGAGACAUGAGCAUCUCAAACACCACUAUGGAUGAAUUCAGGCAGCAUUUACAGACCACAGGGGUUGCUUUAGGAGGCGUUGAUCUCACUGUCAGAGUACUUACCACUGGCUAUUGGCCUACGCAGUCGGCCACACCAAAAUGUAACAUCCCACCAGCUCCUAGACAUGCAUUUGAAAUAUUUAGAAGGUUUUAUCUUGCUAAACACAGUGGUCGACAGCUAACAUUGCAGCACCACAUGGGCUCAGCUGAUCUUAAUGCCACGUUUUAUGGACCUAUUAAAAAGGACCAGGAGGAUGGCUCAGAGGUCGGCGUAGGAGGUGCCCAGGUCACGGGCUCAAACACACGGAAGCACAUUUUGCAAGUCUCCACCUUUCAAAUGACAAUAUUAAUGCUUUUCAACAACAGAGAAAAGUACACGUUUGAGGAAAUACAACAGGAGACGGACAUCCCAGAGCGAGAGCUAGUGAGGGCACUGCAGUCCCUAGCCUGUGGCAAACCCACCCAACGAGUUCUCACGAAAGAGCCCAAAUCCAAGGAAAUCGAGAGUGGUCACAUGUUCACUGUGAAUGACCAGUUCACUUCCAAAUUACACAGAGUUAAGAUCCAGACAGUGGCUGCCAAACAAGGGGAAUCUGACCCGGAACGGAAAGAAACACGACAAAAGGUUGAUGAUGACCGAAAGCACGAAAUAGAAGCUGCUAUAGUUCGGAUUAUGAAAUCUAGAAAGAAAAUGCAGCACAAUGUACUGGUAGCAGAGGUAACACAGCAGCUGAAGGCCCGGUUCCUUCCAAGUCCGGUUGUUAUUAAAAAGCGCAUUGAAGGACUUAUUGAACGGGAAUAUUUAGCACGAACACCUGAAGAUCGCAAAGUAUACACCUAUGUAGCAUAGAAAUUGUGUCCUGCAAAUUGAUUUACUCUUGGACUUCAUACCCUUCGCAUGAACUGGGAAGUUCUUUUAAAUCAUUACACGAACAUAUGAACGCCAUCUCCUAUUAAAUUACAGUACGUGUUCUAGAACGUGCACAAAGGGCCUACGAGAAAAGUCAACAGCCGAAACGCUCCUGCAUCUGAACCAUUACUUUUGUAGAUAUCAUAUAUACAGUUCCUUUGGGGAUUUGUUAACGCGCAGAUUUUGUUUCCCUCUGAAUACUGUACUGAGAGAAUAAACACCCCAAAAAAAUAAAUAAAAAUUUAGAAAACCUGUCAAGUUAAUAAAAUUGUUUGCAUUUUACUCCCUGCUCCCAAA